AUGAGAAUUCAGCUUCUUAAAUAUUUUCUUACAUCCCUUAUUGCGUUUGGUACUGGCAUCAUGAUUUUAAACUCUGCAACACUUGGUAGAGUUAGCCAUUGUCCUGAUGACUCUAGUAUAAAGUUCAACGAAUCUGGAGUAAUAGACACAAAUAGUCAGUGGAGAAAACUUGGUUUGGCAACAUAUGUUUUUACAGCUUAUCUGGAUGACCGUGAACCAUGCUCACCACUAAUAACUGUAAUGGGAUUUGGUGAAAAAUCAGAAUCUCCUCUUUAUGGUACUUUGUUGCUUCACAAUGGUGCAAAGAUUUACCUUGGGAAGUAUGGAGAUAGGAAGAAGUUAAACCCUACCGGACAUUACACCCUAGGGAAACUGGGUCCCUAUGCGUAUUUGUGGCUGUUACCGGUUGAGGUUAUUAAUGCAAGGUACUUGAGAUCGAUCAUAGUUCAACAAUAUCAUCCUACGACAGGUAAUCCAAGUUGUUCAUUGUCAGUGUAAAUAUAUUAUAUCGUACCCGAGUCCUAGAAAGAAUUUGUCAUUGCACAGCAUCAGCAGCAAAACAUGUUGUAUCUCACUUCCUACCAGAAGUUAUCACUUGAGUUGGUAGCUGUUGAGUUGGUAGCUGAGGAACUCUCCUUGAAAUUUGAACCAGCUCAGAGUUGAUGAGUCAAUGAGAGUUGUGCAAGAGUUGCAACUCUCAUCCUUGCUUGGCCAGGUGUUAACACCGCAUUUCUCCUCUUAGGCAAAACAGAAGCUGAAAUCCCAAUCACGCGUCCAGUGUACUCCACGAAAACAUUCGGAGUUUGCAUUCACUCUCCAUUGUUUGGUCCUGUGAAAGCACAGACGAUCAUUCAAAACAUCGAAAUCAACAAAGUCCUCGGCGCAGAAUGGUUUACAAUUUACGUCUACACCUCUAACCAGGCGUCGCUACAG